ACUAGCCUCUACAUUCAUUCCCAAACUCAAAGUCUUAUAAUUUCACAAGCUUUAGUUAUCUUCCCUCGGAAAGAUUGUUCACCACAUUAUUUUCUGUCUCUCUGUCUGGUAACAUGAGAUCAGAGGAAAAUCCAUUAGAUCUCAAUAAUUUACCUGAAGAUUACACAAGAGAUGAUAAUGAAUUUUCUGAAGACAGUUCUUCAUCUGCUGGCUACAGGAAAAAGAAAAGCGACGGUAAGGAUAGAAAAGACGAUUCCGGUAAGGUCCAUGAGUGUAGGUUUUGUUCCCUCAAGUUCUGCAAAUCUCAAGCCCUUGGGGGACACAUGAAUCGCCACCGACAAGAAAGGGAGACAGAAACACUGAACAAGGCUCGUCAACUGGUCUUCACUAACGAUUUAGCUCCAGGAGCUCAUCACAUAGGGUAUCUUCCAGGUGGCCAACCAAUUCCAAAUGGAGGGUUUCAUCAACCUCCAGGCAACAUCGGAGAUGCAACAAUGCCACACAGAUCAAUGUACCCUACAAGGCUUUUUUCAGGUACUUCACUCUUGCCAUCACCUCCACCAGACCAACCACCACCGCAGCCACCGUACAUGUACACAUCUCCACCACGUCUCCUCCCUUUGCAUUCGCAGUAUCCGGCACAACCGGUGAACGACUACUUUGUUGGCCAUGCCUUCUCUGGUUCCAGUUCUAGGUAUGCAGCACCUCCACCAGAUACUACUUACACUUGCAUCGGUGCACUUUUGGGGCAUGGAUUAUCACAUGGCACUGCCCCGGGCACUGGUAGCAGCUCGGCCUCUGGUGUAGAUUGUAUUAGAAACGGGUCAAUGCACAUUCAAGACGAAGGAUUGAAUUGGGGCCGGAGGUAGAACUCGACAAUGGCGAAACAUUUACAUAUCUAAUAUUGAACAAUCAGUUUCAAGAAAGAUUCUAUAUUAUAUUUUACUGUGUAUUUUUUUGUGGGCUAUCUGGCUGAACGAGAGUGCAAGUGUUAAUCUGCUGUAUGACACGGCACUCUCACUGAAUGAGAAUCCGAACAAACUGACAAAUGGGGAUGUGCAAAUAGAGAAAUUUUGGUUUUUCUACAGGUUUCGUGAACAGGCUUUUUGAGGUCUCACGCAUUUGCACGAGCCUGCUAUCAGUUUAAAGCAUGA